AAAAAAAUGAAUUGUAAGGAAAAUGGCCGCUAGACCAUUGAUAGCGGCUUGCUGUCAAAAUAGUAGAAUAGUUUUUAAGACAACGCGUACGCAAUAAUUUGUGUGGAAACAUUAUUCAUGCAUGGUUUGAAUUUGCAGACCGAAUGAAUUUAUUUUAUUGUAUCGCAGGUGAUUCCAAUAUAACUUGGCGGAGGUCAUUUACACCUUUGCAAGUGGCUUCGUGUCGUGCCCACUAAAUUCCAUCGAACAGUGUUUACUUGUGAGAAUGAGUGAAGAAGGCAGCGAAGAUUCGCCUCCACGGCCCAAGCGCAAGAUCAAGAAAGUGAUGGUUCUUUCGUCUGACUCUAGCUCGGACAGCGACGAAAGCGUCACAGCGGCGGGGUCACGUAGAAAGAGAUUGAGGGUGCUGAGUGAUGCGGGUAGUGACAGCAGUGGCAGUUCAGUGGUGUGUGCCCGGCGUAAGCGCGCCCUGCCUAAGCUUCGAGAUUCCGAUGGUGACAGCGACACGUCAGGAUGGGCCACCGACCACUCGGACGCGCCCAAACCUGCUGCCUCGGCGGCUAGACCUACUUCAGGGUUUGCAUCGGACAGUUCAGAAGGGAAUUCAGACAAGUGCUCUAUUUGCCUGUUACGGUUUACCAAUCAAGAAGUGGGCACUCCACAGAGCUGUGAACAUAUUUUCUGUCUUGACUGUAUCACUGAAUGGUCUAAAAAUGUGAACACUUGUCCAGUAGACAGGAUGACAUUUGACUUUAUCGUAGUAAGAACAUGUGCAGGAGGACGGGUGCUACGGACUGAGCCAGUCAAGGUGGUAGAGCGCAGGCCUUCUGUAGAGCUGCUUGUCAUUGAGGACCCCACUAUCUGUGAGGUGUGUGGCCGCACAGACAAUGAGGAGACUAUGCUUCUGUGUGAUGGAUGUGACCUCGGAUAUCACAUGCAGUGUCUCACUCCACCAUUGUCUGAGGUCCCUAUAGACCAGUGGCUCUGUCCUAAUUGUGACAAUUUGCUAUCAGAUGUGGAUUACUUAUUCUCAGGCAUUACAGAAAUGGACUCAGAUGUAGCAAUCACAACUAGAGGUGCAGUAGCCCGGGAAGGCAGAAAUGUCAGAUCAUUGAGAACUCACAGUGUAGAACAACCAUCCACAUCUUCAGGACGUCAGGGCAGCCAAUUGAAUUCUGAUGAUGUACCAUCAACAUCUCGAGGGUCACGAGCCACGCUGGGGAGCAGCUCAAGGGCGACUUCAACUAGGCGUAAAACUUCUGCACAUACACGCAGAAGGCCUAAACGAAGAAGAGCUAAAACUGUCAUUAUUGAGUAUGAAGUGCAAGAAAAUGGUAAAUUUCCUGUCACAAAACAAGUUAAAAGGAAACUUAAGAAAAGAAAGAGCAAGCGGCGGCAGCCCCGCACGGCGGCGCGGCGCUCGCACGUGCGCGCGGCCGUGCGCGCGCAGCUCGCCUCGCAGCGCGCCGAGCCCGCCGCCGCCCGGGGGCCCGCGCGCGGGGCCCGGGGGCCCGCCCGCGCGCUGGCCGCGCCCGCGCUGCGCCUGUUCGGCGACGCGUACGACCUGCCGUACUUCUCGGACGAGGGCGAGGGCGCCGUGUCCGAGCGCGCCAGCACGGCCGUGGCCUCGCGCCCCACCUCCAGCAUCCUCAGCGCCUACAGACAGGCGAGGAGAAAGAUGAUAACCAUUCCCUCUCCCACCCACGCAUCUUCGGCUCCCGACGUUCUUUCUUCCAUCCUCGAAAGCCAAACGUUACUACACUCAAAAAAAUCUGUCGUCUCCAUAUCUGUCGACGGAAGUGUUAAUAUUAAAUUAGAAUCCCGAGAGUCUACGCGUAUACCUAAGAAAAAUUCAGACAAUAAUAAAGAACAGGGGAAGUUAGAUCUAACGCAGGACCAGGACGCUGCGAGGAAAGUGCCGUCGUACCCGGGACAGUCCCGCGGCGGGCGCGGCUGGGGCGGCGGCUACACCGGCAACUACCACCGCGAGCAGGGCAGCCUCAGCCGCGGCCACGACGCCUACGGCUACCAGCCGCGCCCCGGCGGCGCCUUCGCCCAGAACAACCACGCGCGUCGCGAUGACGCCGACGUUUACAAUAACUAUUCCAGAAGACCGCACCAGUACCCGAUAGGCGACGACGCUAAUUUUGAUCGAAACAGGAGGCAAGCGCCAGAACAAAAUAGACCUCAGAAUAAUCAACCUCCGAACCAGCGCCACAACGAGCAGAACCAGGGCCGCUACAGCCUGGCGCCGUCCUGGCAGCCCUACGUGCCGCCGCCCGUCGCGCCGCGACAAGACCCUCCUCCCGUUCAGCACAGGCAUUCAUUUGGAGGUUUUGAGAAUCCCCUAGACAUGAGAAUGGGCCCAAUUCGGCGACAAAACUCUGCUAACAGUAAUCUAGAACCCGUCGGUGGAGCCCAAGGUCAGCAAGCGGCGAAGUCGCAGCCCUACCGGCCGCUGCCUGAACCGCCCAUGUUCAAGUUCGAUAAAACGCCCGAGCUCGAUAAGUCGGAGGACGAGAAAAGUGAUUCCAGUUUAGUCAUAGACACUGAGAAAUAUGAUCCCACUGAGCCGACAAACGACGACGAUGACAGUGGCGAAGAGGUGCCGGCAGCCGCGGACGCGCAGCCCGAGGCCCAGAGCGCGGCCCUGCCCAGCGCCCAGCCCGCCAGCGCCGCCGCCCCGCCGCCCGCGCCGCCGGCCCCCGCCGCGCAGGGCCUGCACGGCACGGACGGCAGCGUGCCCGCCAGCGUGCUGGACAGCGCCGUGCGGCAGGUGCUGCGCGAGCACCGCGGCCUGCUGGCGCCGCCCGCGCCCAGCGACGACGACUCGGAGGGCGACUGCCCCAACUUCUCCAUCUACUCGGCUGCCAGCGUGCACAUCGCCAACAGCGCCGCCGCCCCCGCGCCGCCCGCGCCCGCGCUCAGCUCCGGCCUCGAGGACCUGGUGCAGGAGGACGACGACGAGCCGCCCGUGCGCCGCCCGCCGCCCCCGCCGCCUCUGCCGCCCUCCAAGAACACUUCCGACGAACAAUUCAAAGAGAAAGUAUCCAAGAGAUGUCCCAUCACCACCAAUCCGCGAAAUCCCAUUAAGAUAAAACUGAAUACGCCGUCGUUGAUUAAACGACAAGUCAGUCUGUACGACGAAGAGGAACAAGACAUGGAAGACGAGGACGUGGUGGAAGACGCCGAAGAGGCGCCGGCUUCCGCUCCCACUGACGACGUGCCGAACGAGAAGGCUCGCAGGGAUGCUUCGCCCGCUAGAGACGAAAUCUUUUCCGAUCUCGCCCCCGAUACUAAAUCCGUGGAGCCGGUCGAGGCCAGCACGGAAGAGCCGGUAAAAAUGCAAGAUCCAGUUCCGGUAACAAGUUCUGUCGAAGUGGAGAAAGAUAUCGAGGAAGCGGCGAGCAGUCAUGCGGAUGUUGUCGCGUCAGAACCUGGCGUAAAAGCGGACGAAGAGGAAGAGUCGGAACACCCCCCUCGCGCCGCCCCCCCCCCACGCCGCUCCGCCUCCCCCGCCCCGCGCCGCCGCCGCUCGCGCAGCUCCGACAGUGAACGCGACGACCUGUCCGCCGGGGACGACCUGCUGCCCCUCGACGCCGACCACUCCACGGCUUCCGCCGACAGGAACGAUGACCUGCUAGAGAAAAUGACUGAAUCCAUCAGCGAGACCGAGGACGAGAGGAGCUACACGCCCUGCCUCGACGAGAACAAGUCCAAGGAUACCUCCAUGGAGACCGAGAAGGAGAAAGGCAUAGAGGGACUCGACACCGAGAUGAUAUCCGAAGACGAGGGCAACGAGAUGUUCUCGGACACCGAGCGCGCCUCCCCCGCCCCCUCCCCCGCCCCGCCCGCCGCGCGCGAGGACGGCGAGCUGCCCGACAGGAAGAAGGAGCCGCGCGCUGACGACGCCAAAAAGAAGAAGAAGAAAGAUUCUAAGAAGGAGGGCAAGGACAAGGGCAAAGGCAAGACUAAGAAAGGCGAGAUCGCGUUCAAAAAGCUCAGCAAAAGUGGUAAAGAGAGAAAUUAUAGAGAUAAAGAUAAGAAACGCGAGCGGCGCGAGUCCAGCGACGCCGACCGCGAGCGAGCCAAGCGACGCAAAGAGCGCCGCAAGGACCUCGAGCGGUACGACGUGCGGACCGUCGUCUCCGAGAAGCGGCGCCGCCCCAAGGACGCCUUCGGCCGCGACGUGUCCCCUCCGCCCUCGCCCUCCCCGCGCCUCACGCCGCGCGAGCCCUCCCCGCACCGCCGCUCCGCCUCCCGCCCGCGCCGCUCCGCCUCCCGAGCACGUCGAUCCGCCUCGCGUCCUCGUCGAUCCGCCUCGCGUCCUCGUCGAUCUGGCUCUCGACCGCGGCGCUCGGCGUCUCGAGGGCGGCGCUCCGCGUCCCGCGCCCCGCGCUCCGCCUCGCGCCUGCGCCCCACGCCGUCCCCCUCGCCCCGCGCCGCGUCCCCGCCCCGCGCCCCGCGCCGCCGCCGCCGCUCCGCCGAGCGCGACAAGCGCGCCGAGCCCCGCAGGCGUCGCGAGACCGAACGGUCUCGCAAGAGACGACGUUCCGGCUCCGGGUCUAAGAGCCCGCGCCCGAAACCCGCCAAGAAGAAGAAGCGCGUCCGCUCCGAGCGCUCCGCGUCCCGACGCCGCUCGCCACGCAGGCGCAGCCCGCGCCGCCGCCGCCUGCGCCGCCGCUCCGCCAGCCGCUCGGCCGAGCCGUCCCCGCCGCGCGCCGCCGAGCCGGCGGGCUCGGUGGACUCGCGCCUGCUGUCGCCGCGCACGCCGCCGCCGGAGCCCGAGCCGCAGCCGCGCGAGCGCCGGCGCCGCGACCCCGAGCGCCCGCGCCACCGCCGCCUGCGCGACGCCGCCGGGCCCUCCAAGGAGGUGUUCACCUCCGGCGACAACAUACUCGUCAGCGUCAGCUUCAAGGAGCAGGAGCGCGACGACGGCGACGAGCGACGCGAGCGGAGGCGCGAGCGUCGCCGCCGCCGCAAGCGAGCCGCCGCGCCGGAGCCCGACGCCGCCGCCCCGCGCCCCGUCGCCAUCAUCGACCUGGAGCGCUCGCCCUUCCGCGAGCUCACGCCGUCGCCGCGCAACGUCAUCGUGCUCAGCGACAGCGAGCCCGGAGAGAAGGAAGCCGCCGUUGCCGCCGGGCCCGCCGCCGCGCCGGAGCCGGCACACAGCGCCGUGGGGCCCAAGACGCCGCCGUCGCCGGGCCGCGCGGCCGCCCCGCCGGCGCCGGAGCCGGGCCCGGAGGAGGCGCGCGGGCCCAACACGCCGCCGGAGCCGCCGGACUCGCCGGACGCGUACGACCCGUACGAGCCCACGCGCUCGGCGUCGGCGUCGCCGGGCCCCGCGCGGCCCGCCAGCCCUGCGCGGCCCUGCAUGACGCUGGAGACGGCGCAGAAGACCAACAUGUCCGCCGAUGAGGUCAUCGACCGCCGCCCGCUCUCACCUAUCGAAAAGGUCAUGGCGCUCCUGCAGUCGACGCGCGACGUGUCGCCCGAGCCGCCGCCCGGCGACUCCGCCCCCGCGCCCGCCGCCUCGCCGCCGCCCGCGCCCGCGCCCGCCCCCGCGCCCGCGCCCGCGCCGCCCGUGCGCAUCGUGCUGCCCUCGCCCACGCGCUCGCAGCCGCCCAAGCUGUUCCUGGCCAAGCCGUCGCCCAUCAAGUCCGACCCCAUCAAGCCCAUGCAGGCCACCAAGAUCCAGCGGCCGGCGGCGCUGGGCCCCAGCACGGCGGCGGUGGCUGCGCGGCGCCGCUCGGGCCCCGAGUCGGAGGCCGAGGCCGAGUCGCCGUACUCGCCCGGCUCCAGCGACUUCGGCGACCUGUUCGAGCCGCCGGCCGGCGCCCGCGGCUUCGACGCGCUGCUGGAGCGUCCGCGCCGCAAGGCGGGCGCCGGCGCCGCCAGCAAGGUGCCCGUCAAGCUCAACCGCAAGAAAGGUAAAACGCAGGUGGGCGUGAAGAUCGACGAGGACAACCUGAAGAUCCUGGACGACCUGCCCAGCUCCGCCGUCGAGAUGCAAGUGAAGAGCAAAUUCCUCAAGAAGCUGAACCGGCAGGAGCGCGUGGUGGAGGAGGUGAAGCUGGUGCUGAAGCCGCACUACAACAAGAAGCACGUCACCAAGGACGAGUACAAGGACAUCCUGCGCCGCGCCGUGCCCAAGAUCUGUCACAACAAGACGGGUGAGAUCAACCCGGCUAAGAUCCAGGCGCUCGUGGAGGCGUAUGUGAAAAAGUUCAGAAAAAAACAUAAACUAGGACUAGUGUAGUGACGCUAGUUGUAUUACAGAGUGUAGCAUAGUGUAGAGAAGCGCGGUCCCCGCCCAGAUGUUUUAUCAGAAUAUUGUAAUUAUAAUUUAUGUAUGGACGAUCUAUUUUACUUAAACUUUUAUUUAAAUAAAUAGUAUUUAAUUAUGAAAUUAA